AGAGAGAAAGGGCAGCUCUUUCUUACAGCAGAAUGCUAACUAUUAAAUUGCCGGGGAGUGACCAGAAUGUAAACUGUAUAACAUAACCACUUGACACAUAUCAUAGCACUUGUUGUAGGAGUGGACCGGGAAUAGAAGUAAAAAUGAGGAGGCCAAAGACAACGCGAAACAGAUGUUUUACAGGUCUCAGAGAACGUCCCCUCUGACUUGCAGAGGUAACAGCAGUAACUGCAAUGGAGAAAUCGGGUGGACACCUGUGUGACAGUCCUGCCCUACAUGCAUCACCUCAGCUAACCACGAAAAAAUAACAGACGGACUUCAAACAAGGCCAGUUUCUGAAUACCUGACAGGGGUUCUCCCAGAGGGCCACGGUCACAAUUCACGGACUGAAGAGUUUUCCCAGACUGCAAGGCACCAAAAUACACACUGCCGAUUUGUUGGCCAAUAAGACUGCAGGACACUCACCAGCUUCAGUCUCUGCUUGGGCCUUGCCUCUGAUGUCACAAUCGGACUGUGUCUGUUAAUCUGGCCACAGCUGCUCGCAGACCAGAACAGCAAAGUUAAGGGGACCAGCACAGUACGAUGUGGAAGAGGAUGGACCACUUGUCCAAGAUCAAAGCUGGGGAUGGAUUUAAGGUGGACGAGUUCAAGGCUCUGGGACCGGCUAGUGACCCAGCCACACCACCCCUGGAGGAUGUGUCAGGAUUGCAGAGCUUCCCCGUGCUGGAGGGCAUCAGCCAUUACAUCAAAGAUUCGGGGGCCCAGCUGGUGAAGAAAGUCAAUGCCAUCUUUCAGCUGGACAUCACCAAAGAUGGGCAGACUAUUCUGCAGUGGACCAUUGACCUGAAGAACAGAUCUGGGGACAUGUACCCAGGACCUGCAGGGCUCCCGGCAGACACUGUCUUUACAAUCCCCGAGUCUGUCUUCAUGGAGUUAGUCUUGGGGAAAAUGAACCCACAAAAGGCUUUCUUGGCGGGCAAGUUCAAAGUGAGUGGUAAAGUUCUCCUCAGCCAGAAGCUGGAGAAGGUUUUUAAAGACUGGGCUAAAUUUUAAGCAUGCAAAAACACCAAAGAGAAGAGCAAAACUUCUCUCCCAUGAGAAUGUUGAAUGGAAAUCAUGCUUAAAAUGAAGAUUAAAGUAAAAAGAACCUGAUAUUUUUUACUCAAAUUCCUCCUACUCAAAUGUGACAAAUUUUCCUGCUGCUGUAUACAUUUGCAGAGAGAGUGGUGGAGCAGUAAAGUGCGCUGGAGUGCCUCACCUCAAA